UUUAUGAAGUUUGGCUCAAAUCUCAACCCGUACGUCACAGGAACGCUAUAGGGGUGAACAAGCGUGGUGUGAGAACUGAAGCAGCGUCAGAUAGGAAAAUGUAACGAUUAGCCAGUGUCAGAAAUACAGCCACCAAUACUCGGAUUAUCAAAGGGAAUAUUGCUUACAAAAAGAAGAAAGAAGAUUUUAUUCUGAAAAAAUGCCACGUUACGCCCAACUGGUGAUGGGCCCGGCUGGUAGCGGGAAAAGCACCUAUUGCUCCACCAUGGUACAGCACGCCGAAACCAUCAACCGCUCCAUACAGGUGGUGAAUCUAGACCCUGCAGCUGAACACUUCAGCUACCCGGUCAUGGCAGAUAUCCGCGAGCUUAUCGAGGUGGACGACGUGAUGGAAGAUGACUCCCUGAGGUUUGGCCCCAACGGGGGACUCGUCUUCUGUAUGGAGUACUUCGCCAACAAUUUUGACUGGCUGGAGGAGUGUCUGGGUCACGUAGAAGACGACUACAUCCUGUUUGAUUGCCCCGGUCAGAUCGAGCUGUACACCCACCUGCCCGUCAUGAAGCAGCUGGUGGAGCAGCUACAGCAGUGGGAGUUCCGGGUCUGUGGCGUCUUCCUGGUCGACUCACAGUUUAUGGUGGAGUCCUUCAAAUUCAUAUCUGGGGUGAUGGCUGCCCUGAGCGCCAUGGUGUCACUUGAAAUCCCUCAGGUCAACAUCAUGACGAAGAUGGACUUGCUCAGCAAUAAAUCCAAAAAGGAAAUUGAGAAAUAUCUAGACCCAGAUAUGUAUUCAAUGAUGGAGGACAAAGCACUCACUCUGAGAAGUAAGAAGUUCAAGAAGCUCACUGAAGCCAUCUGUGGUCUGAUCGAUGACUAUAGCAUGGUGCGCUUCCUGCCGUUCGACCGCACAGAUGAGGAAGGGAUCAACAUCGUCCUUCAGCACAUCGACUUUUCCAUCCAGUAUGGAGAGGACCUUGAGUUCAAGGAGCCUAAGGAGUCUGAAGAGGAUCCACUCACCAACACGAACUAUGAUGAGUUCUUUCAAGACAAAGUUGAGGACUGAGAGGAAGAUACCAAGGGGCCUUUCAAUGUGCUUUCAAAACAGCGUCAGAGUGGUGAAAAAGCAAGUGCUCAAAUCACUCUCUAAACUGUGGAAGAAAGGAGCAAAGAUCAGACAACAGGUUUUAAUUUAUUGAAGAAAUUCACCUGACACAGAAUGUCACACUUCUUGUGGCGAUUUUAAUAUUCAUUGUACGUAGAUAUUUCUGUUGUGUCUUUUUUUGUUUUCUCUUUAAGGCUUGACCUUGGUGUUGCUUUUAGCAAUGGAAUGGAAUUGCACCACAUUUCUCUUGGGAAGACUGUAAAUGUUUGGAGUAUAUUUUUCAAUUAAAACUUACACUUGUUUGUUCUGUAAAGUUUCAAA